AAAGUGGGGCCGGGCCUGAUUUGGGCUGACCUGUGAAAGUCUGGGAAGGUCUGCGAGAGAAGCCGAGUGUUUUCAGCUCCGGAAGUGGCAGUUGUAAACUUCACCUCCCGGGGGCUCUUCCCCUUCUGUCCCCCUUUGCUCUUUGUCCCCCUCCUCCCGGGUCCUAGAGUCCGUCGUGUUCCAACAGUUUUUGCUCUUAUCCUCGUGGGCUGUCUGGGCCUCCUUCUACCCCUGAGACUUGGAGCGGCCCCUGGGGUCUUGGGUGUGCAGCAUGGAUCACGCGAGACCCCUGAGACCUCAAAUCAUCUAAUCUGAAGCCAUAGACAUCUUGGGCAAUUUUAAUCAUCAAGAAAGAAAUAUGUCAUUAAGAAACAGGAGGGUAUUUUGAAAGAGUUGGAAAACAUCAUGAAUUUGAAUACUUCAAGUAAUGGCACUGGUGAUACCCAAAGGUUGAAGAGUGCCUCAUUGGAUGUAAAACAAGUACUUAAAAAUGAAACAGAGUUGGAUAUUACUGCUGAUCUCAGGAAGAAACUCCAUCGGGCUAAAAAAGAAAAAUUAGAAAUAACAACCAAACACAAUGCAGAGCUGGCAAGCUAUGAGAGCCAGAUUGCCAAGCUACGGUCCGAGGUUGAAAAGGGAGAAGCAUUGCGACAAAGUCUGGAAUAUGACCUAGCUGUUGCUAGAAAGGAAGCUGGUCUUGGAAGACGGGCUGCUGAACAAAGAUUAGCCGAGGCACAUAGGAUCCAGGAAAAGCUCUGUGCACAGAAUUCAGAACUUCAAGCAAAGACAAAUGAGACUGAGAAAGCAUUUCAGACUUCUCAGCAAAAAUGGAAAGAAGAAUGCAGAAGAUUUGAACAUGAUUUGGAGGAAAGAGACAAUAUGAUCCAAAAUUGCAAUCGAGAAUAUGAUUUACUUAUGAAAGAAAAAAGCAGACUAGAGAAAACUCUACAGGAGCAAGAUACUGCUGUGCAAAAUAUGCAUAAGAAAGUAGAAAAAUUAGAAACAGAACAUAUGGACUGCUCUGACCUUUUACGGCGACAAACAAGCGAACUUGAAUUUAGCACUCAACGAGAGGAACGCCUUAGAAAAGAAUUUGAGGCAACUACUCUAAGAGUGAGGAAAUUAGAAGAAAACAUUGAAGCAGAAAGAGCAGCGCAUUUGGAAUCAAAAUUUAAUUCUGAAAUUAUUCAGUUACGGAUUCGAGACCUUGAAGGAGCUUUGCAAGUAGAAAAGGCCAGUCAAGCAGAAGCUGUUGCUGAUUUGGAAAUUAUCAGGAAUGAAUUCAAAGAAGUUGAAAGUGCAUAUGAGCGAGAAAAGCAUAAUGCGCAAGAGAGCUUUGCAAAAUUAAAUUUAUUAGAAAGAGAGUAUUUCUCCAAAAAUAAGAAACUAAAUGAAGAGAUCGAGGAACAGAAGAAAGUAAUUAUAGACCUUUCAAAGAGACUCCAGUAUAAUGAAAAAAGUUGCAGUGAAUUACAGGAAGAACUAGUAAUGGCUAAGAAGCACCAGGCCUUCCUAGUAGAGACAUGUGAAAAUAACGUGAAAGAAUUGGAAUCGAUCUUGGACAGCUUUACUGUGUCGGGCCAGUGGACAUCAGGCAUCCACAAGGACAAAGAUAAACCUCCCAGCUUCUCUGUUGUCCUUGAGACGUUGAGGCGUACCUUGACAGAUUACCAGAACAAGCUGGAAGAUGCAUCUAAUGAGCUAAACAGCAUGAAUGAUGCUAAGGAAAAGGCAUGUAAUGAACUUGAUUCUACGAAACAGAAGAUAGACUCUCACACUAAAAAUAUAAAGGAGAAGCUAACCUUCCUUCACACCUUGUAUCAGCACUUGAUAGCAGGCUGUGUGCUCAUAAAACAACCAGAAGGCAUGCUGGAUAAAUUCUCUUGGUGUGAGCUUUGUGCAGUCUUACAGGAGAAUGUUGAUGCCCUGAUUGCAGACCUCAACAGGGCUAAUGAGAAGAUAAACCAUCUAGAGUAUAUCUGUAAAAACAAGUCUGACACGAUGAGAGAGCUUCAGCAGACUCAGGAAGACACCUUUACCAAAGUGGCAGAACAGAUCAAAGUCCAAGAGAGCUGCUGGCACAAACAAAAGAAGGAACUAGAGCUGCAGUAUUCUGAACUCCUCCUGGAGGUGCAGAAGAGGGCACAGAAAUUUCAAGAAAUUGCUGAAAAAAAUAUGGAAAAAUUGAACCAUAUUGAGAAGUCACAUGAACAGUUGGUUCUUGAAAAUUCGCACUUCAAAAAACUGUUAUCACAGACUCAAAGGGAACAGAUGUCCUUGCUGGCAGCCUGUGCAUUAAUGGCUGGUGCCUUAUAUCCCCUCUAUAGCCGAUCAUGUGCCUUGUCUACACAGAGAGAUUUUCUCCAGGAGCAGGUCAACACCUUUGAGUUGUUCAAACUGGAAGUUAGAACUCUAGCCCAGGCUUUGUCAACUGUAGAGGAAAAGAAGCAAGAGGAAGCCAAGAUGAAAAAGAAAACAUUCAAAGGAUUAAUACGUAUAUUUCGGAAAGGUGUUAUUGCAAUUUUGGCAGCAAACAGACUCAAGAUUUUGGGCCAAUCAUGUGCCUCUCUUUUUACCUGGAUGGAGAGUUUCAAAGAAGGCAUAGGCAUGUUAGUGUGCACAGGAGAGCCUAAAGACAAGCAUAAAUUUCCAAAACAUCAAAAGGAGCAGUUGCGUUGUUUACAAGCACUCAGUUGGCUCACCAGUUCUGACCUUCUUGCUGCAAUAAUCAGUUCUAUGGCUGAAUUACAAGACGUCAUUGGUAAAACAGAUCCAAAUUCCAGAAUUUGUGGACAUUUACUCAUAGGUGCAGCCAAGAAUUCUUUUGCAAAACUCAUGGAUAAAAUUAGUCUGGUAAUGGAAUGUAUACCUCUGCACAGUAGCAGGAGUAUUACAUAUGUAGAAAAAGAUUCCCUGGUUCAAAGGCUGGCCCAUGGACUUCAUAAAGUAAACACACUGGCCCUGAAAUAUGGUUUGCGUGGCCAUGUGCCCAUUAUGAAAAGCACAGCAUCGUUGCAGAAGCAAAUAUUUGGAUUUACACAAAGACUGCAUGCUGCAGAAGUGGAGCGCCGCUCACUACGCUUAGAGGUCACAGAAUUCAAACGAAGUGUGAAUGAAAUGAAAAAGGAGCUUGACAAAGCCCAGGGUCUGCAAAUGCAAUUAAAUGAAUUUAAGCAGUCUAAAUUGAUCACCCAUGAGAAGUUUGAAAGUGCAUGUGAAGAACUAAAUAAUGCUCUGCUUCGGGAACAGCAGGCACAAAUGCUGUUGAAUGAACAGGCACAACAACUACAGGAAUUGAAUUAUAGACUUGAAUUGCACUCCAGUGAGGAAGCUGACAAAAACCAAACUCUUGGAGAAGCUGUUAAGAGUCUCUCCGAGGCAAAGAUGGAGCUGAGAAGAAAAGAUCAAUCUCUGCGUCAGCUCAAUAGACAUCUUACCCAGCUGGAGCAGGACAAGCGUCGACUGGAGGAGAACAUCCAUGAUGCAGAGAGUGCCCUCCGCAUGGCAGCCAAAGACAAAGAAUGUGUUGCUAAUCACAUGAGAGCAGUAGAAAAUACGCUUCACAAGGCUAUGAUUAAAAGUUUCAUGGAUGUCUACCAACUUGCAAGCACUAGAAUCACGACAUUAGAGAAGGAAAUGACAUCUCAUCGAAGUCACAUUGCGGCCUUGAAAUCAGAACUUCACACAGCUUGUUUACGUGAAAAUGCAAGUUUACAAUCAGUAAGUCCUUGUCUAAGAAUAUUUUUAUAACUUUUUGAAUCUUGGGUUACAUUUACAUUUAUGUUUUUAGUGUUCAUAAGAUCAUUUGCCAAUAUAUGUAAUUUAGGGUAAAUGAUCAAUCAAGUGACAUAAAAUUAUUUGUGUGGAGAAAAAUUUGAAAGAAGAAAAGCAAUUUUUUCAUUGUAUUAUGUAUAAAGAUAUGCAUAUUGUUAUCAAUGCUAAAACACUACAUCAAGAUUCCUUUGUGUUUGGCAGUGCAGCUGACAGUUGGAUUUGGCAGUAUGCAUAGUUAAAGCUUGCAACUGUCUGAAGAUUCAGUGUGUCCCAUUAAGACAGAAUAUUAUUAAUUAUGCAUAUAACCAAAAUGGUAAUUAGAACAUGUGAUUAUUCUCUGUAGAAAACUAGACUUAUCCAUAAUACAUGCCUAACUAAAGAUGCAUGUUGUGAUUCAUCUAUAUGAUUAAAAUUCAGUUUCAGCAGCUAUUUUCAUGUCUUAAAAUUUUAGCCCAUGAUGAAGUUUGGGCUCACUUAACACUAAAAAAAAAAAUUUCUCUACUUGAAGUAUAUGUUUGGGGAGUUUUAAAAAAUGAAUGUAUUGUGACAUAAAGGAAUAAGUAAACAUUUAAACUUUCCCUCAAAAGGCUGAUAUGUCAACAAUAGAUUCAGAAGGUUAUCAAUAAUUGGAAUGUCUUUUUAAUUUUUUUUUUGGUUUGAUUACAGUGACUUAUAAAGAAAAACAGUAUCAUUUUGCUAUUCCGCUCUUGACCCACUUCAAAUGCUGCAUUCAACAGAAAAAGAGUUAGCAUUAAAACAAAUAGAUACAUGGCUGUGAUCUGAUUCCUCACCUUCUGGUCUUGGCUCAAGUGCCAGCAUCCAAAUAAAUCCUUUGUAACCAGGGUAUUCAAAAUCACAACCAUCAACCCUCCCUGCCCCAUGAAAAACUCUCUGUCUCUCUUUUGCCCCAUAUUUCCUGUCUACCUUCCACCUUUCUUAUUUUAUUUUUUUCCCUUUAGCAGUUAUCAUCAAACUGACAUAUGGUGCAUUUUAUUUAUUUGCAUAUUGUUUGUUUGCUCCUUCCUCAGUAGAAUGUAGGUUCCAUAAAGAAAGGCAGUUUUCAGUGUUUGCUUCAUUGCUGUUAAGACUUUCCAGUUCCAAGAGCAGUCUGGCUUAUAGUAGGUGCUCAAUAUUUAUUGAGUGAAAAGUACGAGUAAUUUAUCCAGUAAAUGUAAAAAGACAGUUAUUUGGGACCAGAGUUGUAAGUUCAGUUUUUAAAAUGACUUUGUUAAUUUCUUAAUGAGAGAUUAGUAAAUUUGACCUCCAACAAGAGAAAUUAAAAUGAAGAGGAAACUUUUUAAAA